AUGGAUGGCGGAGCAGCUGCAGAUGGGGACUCUGCUCCACGGGAGAAUGGUGUGACAGCUACGGGUGAAGCAGCACCAGCUGCCCGUCUUCCUGAAGCAAAACAAAAAUCCAACAAGACCACUCAGCCAGCAGCUGUUGCAUCUCGCCCUCCCACAGUUCCUUGUGGUGCUUCCAAAACACUCAACAAUGGCCCAGCCAAGAAGCCAAAUGCCUCUCAGGCCAAACCCCUGGUGCCCAAGAGCAGCGGUGUUAGCAACACAUCUGGUAGAAUGGUGGUAAAAAAGCCAGUGGGAGAGAAACCCAGUGGGGUGAAGGCUUCAGAAAAGCUAGGCCAGAACAAGGAGGUGCAACAAAAAACUGCAAAAGGGUCAUCACAGCCUGCAGUAUCUGCCCCAAAGUUGACUGCCACAAAACCGAAGAGAGCUGAACAGCCUAAGCCCACCAGAACUUGGUUGCCGGGGACCAAGAAUGCAACUUCUUCUUCAGCCCUAAGCAGAGCACUAGUCAAUGACAAAAGUGUGGGCAAACCUAAGCAGACAGUACCACCUGCUGGUCAGGCUGCAGCAGUGCAGCAGCAGAAAAGCACCCUGGCCGCAACACGAGAUCCUGCUAGAGUUGCCACCAUCCCCAAGGCCAAGCCUUCAAGUACUAACCCUACUGUGAAAAAGUUAUCUGCCCCCAAACCUCUCAGACUUCCAAAUUCCAAAUUGCAAUCUGAGCCCAGCCUUGGACAGAAGAAUAUGCCCAUACCUAUGAAUACCAAGCUUUUGGAGAAGAAGCUUUUGGAGACCUCUAAGCCAAGAACUCCUAGCAAGACAGCUGCUGGCAGUGCCCGUCCAUACAGAGCCUCUGUGCCCAAGGUACCAGCUGCAGGAAGCGGUCCAGGCAAGAAGCUUUUGAAGAAAGAUGACCUUCCAAGCCAAGAACAAGCUGCUACUCCAAAAAAGCUGCAAAAGGCACCUGAUGAAGAGAAGGCCAAGCCAGAUGUUGAUGAAGUAGAAAGUACCAUUAUUGAGGACACAAGGCCUGUGGAACUGGAACCUACAACAGAGAUAGCGGCUGAUGCCCCGCUUUUUUUGAAAGAACCUGAGACCAGCAGAUUAGAGGCACAAGAAACUGAACAAAGUGUGCCAGUGGACAUGGAAGGGAGGGAGGAUGGGGCUGAGAAUCUAGGCGUAAUAGCUCCACAAGUGUCAACUCCAGCAGCGCUUGGAGAAAUACCUUUGGUCUUUCCUAGUCUGCAAGAUGUGAAGGUCUCUUCUCCCAUUGGAGCACCUGACUUGCCUGUCCCUGAGAUCUCGGAGCUCCCAGAUGAAGCACUGGGUUUGCAUACAGAGCUGCUGUGUCACCUGUCUCCUGCUUCCUUGGCACUUUGUCCCCAGACUCCACCGUCAGACUCUCUGCAGCCUAGUGGAGAAGGCACAGACGUCCAGCGCUUGAAGGAAGACGCACUUCCACACUCUGCUCCAGUGCCUGCUGAGCAGCUGUACUCAUUGCUUGAAACGGCAGUGUCUUGCGAAGAUAUCUGCUGCCUUUCAACAUCCUCCUUAGAUGAAGACUCCCAGAUACUGGUUAAGGAGGAGGCUCCUGUGCCAAACUCUUUUGGUGGGCUUCCUUGCGCUUCUUUGGUUGGGUUUGCUGAACAAGUCCAACCUCGGGAGCUACCCGGGCUGCUGGCAGAGACACAGGAGGAGCCUGUUUCACCUGGAAGACAAUCUCCCUCACCCAACCAGGUAGAUUCUCCUCUGACAAUUACGGCAGAGACUCAAGCAGCUGUGGAUGGUGAAAGGUAUCGUGGCUUUGACACAGUGCCCCAGGUAGCUGGCCUGUCUCUGAGUGAAGAAGACUGGCAGAAGGAAGUUUCUCCUGUGGAGGUAGAAAAUGAGAGGUUACGGACGAGCCCUCUAGACUUUGAAGCAAAGACGCAUCCAAGCACGGAAGGUGCUCAUGAGCGGGACGCUCUGCAGGCAGAAUGGCCGGAUAGAGCUGCUGUUCUUGCUGAAGGUGAGUUGAUGGAAACUCGACAUAUAGGAGACCGUCCAGACGCUGGAAAGGUUGCUCAGGACCCACCUCCUCUCCCUUCACCUACGCCUGUUGUGGCCUUGCUCCCUACAGAGUCAACUGGAGAUGCUUCUACAGGCUGUGGCGAUGCACCCAGCUCUGUGGAGGAACGUGUUUGUAUAGGAGGCCCUGGGGGUGAUGCCGUGGCUGAAGUGUGUCUUGGUAACCUGAAACAAGAGGAGGCUCUCAAAUGCAAAGAUCCGGAUCUUUUGCCCCAUCUUUCAGGGGAGGUGUCGCCAGGUAGUGGCACUGGCCAGGCAUUAAUGUCCAAACCUCAGACUCUGCCCUUGAAGAGCCUAGAGCUGUUGCAGGAGCCUCCUACGCAGCCUCCUGAAGCUCCAGAACUGCUGCUGAGUUGCACAGUGCAGAAGGGCCACUCCCCUGAAAGAGGGGGCUCCUCCUCCAAAUCCAGCACGUUAAGUGGCCCUGAUCUGGCUGGCAAGAGCAGCAGUGAGACCAGCACCCCAGAGGAGCUGCGGGAUUAUGACAGCAGCUCGGGAGUGGAGUCCAAGUCUGAUGAGAAACUGGAGCAAACCUGCCACCAGCUGCUGAGCCCCCUUGAAGACCUACCUGGUGAGCUAGACCUGGGCAUUCACAUGGAGAAAGGAGAUGAUGAGGCAGAGACUCUGCCAGCUGAUGAAAUCCUCGGUGACCCACCUACUGAGCCUACGGUGUCCUCGGAGGAGGAAGCGGAGCUGGAUGUGGAUCUCCUGAAGGACCCGGGCUUCACGGAAACGGUGUGCCUGUCCUCCCCUCCUGGCAAGCCCUCCUUGCCCCACUCGGUGGAGGAGUCAGACGAGCCAGGCUCUGGGGAUGCUGGCACAGAGACCCCUGCUUCGACCAACUCCGCGGCUUCUUGUGACGUCUUUGGGGCCUUCCAUCUCCAUUCUACCGACAGUUGCGGCAAGAGUCCUGGCCUGUCUUCCCUGGAGAGCGAGGAGCAUUCCACAGAGGGCAGCAAGGAGCAGGUUUCCAAAGAGCCCAAUCGCAAGAUGCCUGUGGAUUGGGAGCAUCUGGUGCCGGCCACGCUAGCUUCUGAGAAGAUCCGAGGGCAGGAUGAGGAAUCCUCCCCACCUUUCACUGCUACUCAUAACCUGGCUGCAGGUGACAAUGGAGCUGGUUUCCCCUUCCCCUGGGGACCCUGUCCAUCAGAGAUCCUCUCCACUAUCUAUGAAGUAGAAAGUGGCGCUGAGACACCUGGCCUGGACGAAGAGGAUGGGAGUCGUUGCUUGUAUGCCAUCUCUCAAGAGCAGGGUCUUCGCCUAGGAAGCAUCCAGGCUACGGUGGUGCAGCAAUUAAUCAGCCGGACGCUGCUUUUCUCAUCAGAGGCACCUUCUGGUGCUAUUGGUGGGAAAGGUCCUGUGAGCAGUGAAGCAGAGAUUAGCAAAUGGACAGAACUGAUAUCCCCUCUGGAUGAAUCGCGGGCCAGCAUCACUUCUGUGACGAGCUUCUCCCCUGAGGACAUGUCAUCCCCCCAUGGGGACUGGACUGUGGUAGAGGUAGAGACCUUUCACUGA